AGCCUAAACAUCCCAAGUAAAUGCGUAGGCAGCACAGUUCACAAAUCCAGCAACCAUAAAAAAAAAAAAAAAAAUCAAUUAAAGAGGGGUAGAUGGUCAAGAAGCUUCCAAGGACCAAAACCAUCCCCAAUUUCUUCAGUUUUGUUCCUUCCUCUGAACCCGUUAAAACCAUACACGCUCCCCGACCCGAUAUCUAUUUUCCUUCGUUUAAACUACGGACACCGCGUUGCGAAACCCAGAAAUCUCACUUUAACAGAAAAUAGAAAAUCGUUCGGAUUUUUUAUUUAUUUUCGACAUCUACAUUUAUUCGGCGAUCGAAGCCUCUCCUCGCUAUGUUCAAGUUUUGGGGAUCUCAGGAUCAGCAGUCCCAGUCGCGUCCACAGGAUGGUUCUUCUCAGUCCUGGUAUCCUCCGUCCGUAGUUAGCUCCCUGAGUUCUUCUCGUCCAGGUACACCAGGUAGCACCUCCUCUGGAAGCUUCAGUUCACAUAGGCCUACUGACAGGCCACAAUCGCCAUCACAUGUGUCACCUGCUGAAGCUGCGGGCAUUAUUGCUGUUGUGAAGGAUAAAAGUGUUGAUGAGUUGCGGAAGCUUUUAUCGGACAAGGAUGCGUACCAUCAAUUUUUACUUUCACUAGAUCAAGUGAAAAUUCAAAACAAUCUAAGAGAAGAACUUCGCAAAGAAACUCUACAGCUUGCCAGGGAUAACCUGGAGAAGGAACCACGGAUGGUGGAGCUUAGAAACCAGUGCAGAAUAAUUAGGACAACAGAGUUGGCUGCCGCUCAGGAGAAACUGAAUGAGCUCGAGAGACAGAAGGAAGAAAGUUUGAAAUUCUAUUCUCCUGCCUCCCUUCUACAAAGGCUUCAAGAUGCAAUGAACAAGACUGAGGAGGAAUCUGAAAACCUGCACAGUCAGUUCUUAGAUAGGGAGAUAGAAUUUGGGGCCUUCGUCCAGAAAUACAAGAAGCUCCGUACUACUUACCACAGGAGAGCACUUGUACAACUUGCAGCCAAAACGUCGUCAACUGGUUGAAUUGACAUGAAUUGUUGUAUACUUGAAUGUUGAGGAACAUCACUUCUCGAUUGUUCAUUGUAUAAGAUUGGUAUAAUUCGUUUUCAUCUGUACAGGUUAGUGCUAUACAUCAUUACGCCAGUUCUUGUUGCAAUGAGUAAUGUUAGUAACUCAUUAUUAAUCUUAAAUAUCAAUUUCACGACAUUACUACUC